AUGGCCGGAACGUCUGCGACCUCUAACGGUGCGAGCGAAAAGCGCUCAGAGGACGCAGAAGAGGCUAAAAAGGGAUGGCUGUCCAAAAAAACUCAUUUCACACGUCGCUGGAAGCCAGCGUGGUUUCAGAUAAAAGAUUCCAAACUUUACUACGGCGGAGACGAUAAGAAGCCUGGUAAGUCCAUCAGUCUGAUUGGGGCAGACAUUGAGGCCCUGGAGCAGGACGGAUGUUUUGACUGGACUAUAAGGCCACAGGGAAGUAAAAGGACCUUUUUCCUUCGUGCUGGAUCAGCUGAGGAGCAGCAGCAGUGGAUGGUUGCUAUUUGUGAAGCGCAGAUGAACUCUGGAGAGCAUGCUUCAAAUGCCUGUGUGGUGCAGUAGUAGGUCUUGUGUGUAAUAAUAUUGUCAUAACAACAUAUUUUCACAUUUUAUUACAUCACUACUGAAGCCAUAAGCAAACCAAAGCAGUGGGUUAUUUGUAUUGUGAAUUUUAUACAUAAAGAAUUAAACUCUAAUCAGACUAGCAUGGUGUCAGACUGUUACCAGUACCAGUAAUGGCACAUCCAGAAGGGAUUUACUCCACACAUACCAGGGAAAUGUGCCAUCAUAAUAAUUUUGUAUAAAUUAAAGAAUGACAUACUUUUUUUUUUUAUCUAUUUAAUGGCAUUUCAUGUUGUGGAACACCCUUUCAGUAAGUUAGUUUCUGUAAUCACUUAUGUAAUAACAGUUAUAACAGUCCCCUCAUCAGACUCUCAUUUUUCUGUCUUUCUUGAAGCUGAUUGGUUAACGAGAAACCCCUCUAUCAUAAAGAACUCUCAGACAGCUAAUAUGUAAAUAGACUGAUUUACCUAAAUCAUACCUUUGCAUUAUUACAGGUUUAUUAAAACAACUGACAUUAUUAACAUUAUUAAUAUUGUUUUGCUGUUGCACCGAUAAGACAUAACAUUAUGAGCAGUAAGAGGUGAAGUGAAUAACACUGAUGAUCUCCUCAUCAUGGCACCUGUUAGUGGGUUGGAUAUAUUAGGCAGGAAGUGAACAUUUUGUCCUCAAAGUUGAUGUGUUAGAAGCAGGAAAAAUGGACAUGCUUAAGGAUUAGAGCGAGUUUGACGAAGGGCCAAAUUGUGAUGGCUAGACGACUGGACCAGUGCAUCUCCAAAACUGCAGCUCUUGUGGGGUGUUACCGGUCAACAGUGGUCAGCAUCUAUGAAAACUAUCCUUUAAGUCCUGUUGGAGCACAUGAAGGCCCCACCUCGCAACUUACAGUACCUAAUGGAUCUGCUGCUAGCAUUUUGGUGCCAGAUACCACAGCACCCCUUCAGGGAUCUAGUGGAGUCCAUGCCUCGACGGGUCAGGGCUGUUUUGGCAGCAAAAGGGGGACCAACACAAUAUUAGGCAGGUGGUCAUAAUGUUAUGGCUGAUCAGUGUAUACACCAAAAAUUUUAAUUGAACCACAAUUUAAAAUUUACACCUGUGUUAUAACCCCUGUCCUUUUUAUUGUGGAUUUUUUGUUUGUGAAAAUCAGCUUAUUCUUCAUAAUUUUGGGAGCAUCAGCCCUAUAAAUUCUAUAUAUAUUCUAUAAGUCAUUUCUACAGAAACAAUAACAUAUUAGACUGAGUGUUUUAAUAUAAAAACUGAUUUGUGAAUUGAAUCUAAAACUACUGUCAGAAAACUAAUCAACAUCACCUGAUCAGUAUCACACACUGAACAUACAUAUGGAUAUGGGAAAAUACAAUUCUAAAAGUAAAACCAUAGAGAUUGCGUAAUAUUUAUAGCUUUUUGUGCAAUUUAUCCACCUACACAGUUUGCAAUGAUUAUAGACUUUAAGAUUUAAUUUCCAUUACACACCCACAGAGGGCAGUGUUUAAUAAAACGUGACAAUCUGCUUCAAAGUUUUUGCUCAACUUCUUCUCUGUCGCUUUACUUUUCUUCGGUUUGCAUGCAUAAUCAAGAAAUCUUAGUAAAAAUAUACAAUACAGCAUGACUAGGAAAAAAUUAUAGCUAGCAGCAUUAGGAAUGUAGGCUAUUAAUAGAUAAAGUAAU